ACCGCUUGGUUUCGCCAUUGAGGAUUGAACGUAUGGCGAGGGGCACAAAAUCCGGUGUGAGCCUCAGAAACUAGCGGCACGAGAGGUUUUUGUUUUUCUUUGUUUCUUUCUCUUCUCUCUAUCUCUCUCCAAAACUGCCCACCACCACCUCUCUCUCUCUCUCUCUCUCUCUCUCUCUCUCUCUCUAGCUCUAGUUAAUUGAACACUGCAUAAACCCCCAAAAUACUGACUUGAACUUGUGUUCGAGAAAAAGGCUAAAUGGAAGGCAUUGAAUACUCUGGAACAAACCAGAACACAUAUGGGGUUUUGAUUGUUUUCUUUAAAGAGUAUUUCAGCAUGUGGGAUUCUUCAAAUCUUGGUGGUCACCCUUUUCUCUGUGUUCUCUCUUAGGUGCUAGAUUGCCUAGCUGGAUUUUGCUGCUACUACUUUGAUCUGCAGAUGAUGUUCUUGAUUCUAGUGUACUAAUAUUCUGUUUUUUUUUUUCCUUCUAAUUUUAAUUUGUGUUAAUUAAUUAGUGUUGCAGAUGCUUAGCGGGUUUGAUUAUAAUAAGAGUUAAUGAAGAGGAGAUGUCACUGUCUUGGAAGGAGGGGUAUAGCAUUGUUUAUGUUAUCUUUGGUAGUGAAAUUGGUAGACCCAGAUGGUUUAUGUUGCGUAAUUGUUGAGUAAUUGAUAUAGCAAAGCUGCGGGCCCUUUCCCAUCUUCUGCUUCCUUAAUCAAAUACAAUCUUUCUCUUUGCACUUCUCCGUACACAGGAAACCCUAUCCUUCUUUCACUAUCUUUAUCCUUCAUUUCUGAAUCUAUCUGCUACCAACAGAGAACUCAAAAGCUUCAACUUGCAAUCUUUUUUAUUUGAUAAUUUUUUUUGUUUCUUUUCUUUUCUUUUUUUUAUAUAUUUUUUUGGGAAGCAAAAAAAAAAUGAAGAAUAGUUUGCAACUGCAUGUUGAAGAUCUUCAAAAUGUAACAAAACCUACAAGUAGCUUUGAUACUAUGGAUGCUAUGGAGGAAGAACAGGCGAUUGCUGGUGAAGACAGAGAGAUCUGGCUAGAUAGAGAACAAGACGAUCUGUUAGAUGUGAAUGAUUCUUCAAUUUUCUAUGGUGACUUCCCUCCUCUUCCAGAUUUCCCAUGCAUGUCAUCAUCUUCUUCCUCUUCUUCCACUCCGGCGCCAGUCAAGCCCAUGGCUUCUUCAUCGUCUUCUUCUUCGGCUUCUUCCUCAUCUUCUGCGGCUUCUUGGGCUGUUUUGAAGUCAGAUGCAGAAGAGAUUGAUAAAAAGAAUUAUGACCAUCACCAAUAUCAUCACAAUAAUCACCAUGGUCAACAUGAUCCAGUAGAAGCACCCACAACAGCCUUGUCUUCUACUGCAUCCAUGGAGAUCCCUCAGCCAUAUGAUCAAGGGAUAGCUGGUGUUGGUUGCAAGGACGAGAUGGAAAUUUUUGGAUAUAUGGAUCUGAUCGAGGACAAUGAUUUCUUCGACCCUUCUUCUAUAUUUCAAUCCGAUGAACAUUUAUUAGAUGAGUUUCAGCAUGAGCAGAACAUGCAACCAGAACAGGAGCCGCAACAGGAAAAUGAAGAGUUGAUCAUGCAAACCAAAAUUGAGGAAAUCCAACAGCAAGGAAACGCGUCAGAUGAUCUAGCCAUGGUGUUCUUAGAGUGGCUCAAGAGCAACAAGGAGACUGUCUCUGCAGAGGACUUGAGGAAAGUUAAAAUCAAGAAAGCUACCAUAGAGUGUGCUGCUAGGCGACUAGGUGGUGGUAAGGAAGCUAUGAAGCAAUUGUUGAAACUCAUUCUUGAAUGGGUUCAAACGAAUCAUCUUCAAAAAAGGCGCAUGAAAGAAUCAUCUCCUGAUAAUAUUCCCCACCCAUGCAAAGACCCUCUGCAAAACCCUAACCCUACUGCUAGUUCAAACCCUAAUCUGAUUUGUAACUCUAUCCAACCAGACCUAUCAGCCUACUGCUUCACCCAGUCACCUUGGAUUGCACCCCCACCUUAUGUUUCUGAUCCGGGAACGUUUAUGCCGGGCUUUUCUCCUAUGGUUGGGUAUAUGGGCGACCCGUUUGUCAGUGGAGCUUCGAACAUGGCUGGCCACUCUUACCCACCAGGACCACCAUCAGACUAUCACAUGCUCGACUCCGCCCAAUCGUGGCCUGCAACACAGUUCGCUUUGGCUUCGCCUUACACCUCAUUUCCAAACAAGAAUCUCCAGCCUGUUCAGGCCCACCCUCCUAUUCUUACUGGAUAUGGAAAUCAAUGCCCAUGCCAGUAUCUCCCCGGGCAAGUUGGCGAUAGGUUAAUGAGGUUGGGUUCCUCAGCAACCAAAGAGGCAAGGAAGAAGAGAAUGGCGAGACAAAGAAGGUUUUUGUCGCAUCAUAGGAAUCAUAAUAGUCACAACGCCCAAGGAAAUCAGCACCACCAAAAUCAGUGUGCAGACCACCAUGCAAGGUUUGGAAAUGAUAAUGUUGCACCAACAACUCAACCUAAUCAUGGGAAUUGGGUUUAUUGGCCUGCUGCUGGUGCUGUUUCGACCACACCAGUUCUUCCUAUGGAUGUACAACCGGUGCAUAAUGUAGAUCGGCCGGCCAUGCAAGCACAUCAGAGUAAUCAUCAGCGGCAAGUUGCAUCAGAUAGGCGACCGGGUUGGAAACCUGAGAAGAACCUGAAGUUUCUUCUCCAGAAAGUGUUGAAGCAGAGCGAUGUGGGUAAUCUAGGGAGGAUAGUGUUACCAAAGAAAGAAGCAGAAAUCCAUCUUCCAGAACUGGAGGCAAGAGACGGCAUUUCUAUUGCGAUGGAAGAUAUAGGGACUUCUUGCAUUUGGAACAUGCGCUAUAGUUGCAGAUUCUGGCCUAACAACAAAAGCAGGAUGUACCUCCUUGAAAACACAGGAGAUUUUGUGAGAACAAAUGGCCUCCAAGAAGGAGAUUUCAUAGUCAUCUACUUAGAUGUCAAGUGUGGCAAAUAUUUGAUCCGAGGAGUGAAGGUAAGGCAACCAGGAUCAAAAUCAGAGAAGAAGAAAUCAGGAAAAUCCCAGAAAAAUCUUCAUGCAAAUUAUGCGGCUGCUGCUUCUGUUAAUGUAUCGUUAUCUUCACCCAUGAAUCAAGCUCAAACAGUAAAGUAAAUGAUAAGUGGAAGAACCCAGCAGCUAGAAAACCAAACUACCAAUCCCAGUAGUACUCUUGCCUCUUGCCACCGCUAGCGCGCACAUUCUCUCUCCUUCAAGCAUGAAAAUAGAUGGACAAGUGGACGGUGAGAAGUUUAUGUAGGUUGUUGAGCAUAGAAACCCUAGAUUCUCUGCACAGUCCAAUCACCUAACGCUGAUUUCCCAGUCAAAAGUAAAAGUCACAGAUCACAAUCGCCGAGAUCAUUAAGCAGCAGGGGUUAAGCUUGGAUUGGAUGUUCAAUAUUAUUAAACAUUUCAGUUUUGGUUAUUAUGGUUGGAGGUGUUCUUAAUUUGUUGUUAAUUAGGGCUGCCUCUCUCAUCAUACUAUACAAUGUUGUGCAAUUAUAUAUGCUUGUUAAUUGUCCAUACUCUCUUAAUAAAAUUACGGAUACUGAUA